AUGUAUUCUGGUCUGUUCUUCUGUCUUCUCUCUCCCCUGGACUUCGAGCGCCCUCGCGGCACCAAAAUUGGUACCCCAACCUCGCAAGCGACAUACAGGUCUACUUACCGAACCACUACUCAGCAAACGUUUCACAUUCGGGGCGUCCGGCUCCACGUCGGGUGCUUAUUUCAAGUCCUCCAAGAAAUUUCUCUUAUUCAGCCCUCCUCUGCCUCCCCUCUUUUCCUACUCACGUUCAAGCAUUCACUGAUGACUCAAGCCCACACCUCACUCUCACUCUCGCUUCGGGUGCUUCCCCCAACAUGGCAUAGUCGUCGCUACCGCUGCCGCCCAGACUUCAAGCGGCGCCACAUCGUCCAGCAUCAAUCUACAACGCACAAUGGCAAUGGUACUCACUGCUCACACACUGCCCAUUUAGGUUGCUUCAUCCACGCGCACUUCGAAACACUUGACCAGCCCCAAGGGUAUAUGGCUAUUCUUGAUGAUUUGCGUGUGAUUUGUGUGGCAUUGUCUGGCAAACAUGAACCUCACAUGGAGCAAUACACUCAAGACGAUUCGCACUCGAAAAACCAUUUUGGAACGUAUCGCAAAGUCGACUUCGUUACUAUUGCUACAUAUUAG